GGAAGGGGAGGUGCCCACCCCAGGCAGCCUCUGGCAACCGGCCGCCGUUGCUUUGUGCGCGAGGAACGGAGGCGGCGGUGGCUGCUGCGCGGAGCCCCCAAGCCGUGAGUGCGAGACUCCCAGGCCCUGCCGGGCCGCGGCCUAGAGAGGAGCAGGUCUGCUGGGCCGGGGCUGUCCGCCCUCCCCUGGUGUCCCCGCCCGAGCCUGGGAGCCCAGGAGAGGGGAAUUAAAAUGUCAUCUUGGGUUAAGGUUACCAGGGGUCAAGUUCAGAAACCUAUUGUGGAUAAAAGGCAUAGACCCGGAUGGAUUCCACGCCUUCUGGACAUAAAUCCUUAUAGACCAUACCAGAAAAGUCCUUAUUCUCCCCAAGAUGGUUAUUCAAAGGACUUUGAAGAUCUGAAUAGUUUUGAAGAACUAUUUGGACAACAAUAUGACUAUUCAACCGGAAAUGAAGAUUACUAUGAGAGAUAUCAGUAUUCCCCUAAAGCAGGUCCCAGUCUGCAUGAGACCCCAGGGAUACCUGGAAGACAAGAGGCAGCAGUGGCAGCCCAGCAGCCAGGUUCUUCCAGGCGACAGGAUCCGGAGCAUGAAUCCUCAGCAGUGGAAGUUGGCCCAACCGCCCCUUGCUCCCGAGAGAAGUGGAGAACAGCAAGGGCUGCAAGUGUGGUCCCCCCAGCAGGGGUAUCUCCUUUGCCGGUAGUGGAUGAUGACUAUACCAGGGAUGAUCGUAGGGAGAAGCUAUACCUACAGUUUUACCAGCAGAUACAGAAAGAGUAUGAUAAAGAAAGACCUUCUGACUGUAUCAUUGUGGCCAUCAGCAAGGAACAAACGGAAUAUGCAACAGUCAUAGGCCAUCGGUUGCAGGAUCAUGGCCUUGUGGUGGAAAUGAUAUACCUUACAUCUGAGUUGGGUCUCACACGCGCCCUCCAAGAAGUUAAAAAUGAUGGUUCCCCAUUUUGUAUUCUUGUUGAACAGUCAAAUGUAGCACUUUCCUCUUGCACCGUAAUCAUGCUUCAUGAGUCUAUCAAAAUACACCGUAAUAUGCCCAUGGAGGAUGCAUUGGCUCUGGUAGUCAAAGCAUUUGGGAAAAUUUUUGCUGAGCGUGAGCAGCAGGAACGUGCCGAAAUUUCACACAAAGCAGCUGAUCUGGCGGAUGACUACCUAGAACGGGAGCUCUGUGGGAGUUACAGUGUGCCUCUAGGCGUUAGACAUCUCCUCUUUCUGUUAAGUGAGGGAAAAUAUUUAUAUCGUGAGGAGUUGAACUCAAUAAGUGACUACCUGAAGACCAGGAAAGAUGAGCUUGAAGCCCUUGUUGAACAAACUGAUCCUUCAACUGAAGUUGAAGACACGUUAUAUCAAGCAAACUUGAUGCCAAGUACAAGCACUGCCACCCAUACCUUAAGUAAACCUCCACCCCUUCUGCCGACACCCAACAGGAACGUUCUUUUAGGCCAGUCGCCCCUUCCUCCAGCUAAACCUGCAUUGUUGGGUGAUAGGCCAUCAGGAGCUCUUCUUCCAACACCAGGGAUGUCUGGUGCAAAGGGUAAACCUCCACCUCUUCUAGCAGCACCUGCUAAAAGACCUGGUCUUCUAGGAUAUUCACCCCAUCAGCCUGCAAAACGACCACUACUUGGAGAGAAACCUGGACUUUUGCCAACACCAGCUGUUCAUGUUAAACCUGUGCAACACCAACGGGCAGCUAAACCAAAGCCUUUGCUUAACUGAGACGACAUCACAGACACCAUGGCUAAUAAUGGAAUACAUUAAACCUGAUGGUGGCAUCCCUCUUCCAAGACAGCAGAGAGCAUGAUAAACUUGUAUUGCUAGUGUCCGUACACCCAGACAAACUUAAAUGUAUCUCAUUUUCUGUAAUAAACAUUCCUAUGGGAACUUUUUAAAAUUUCAGGGCGCUCUUCUGUUCAAACAAAAUUGGUAUUUGUGGAAGGUCAGUGUUGUAGAUUCAUGGUCUUAUAAAUUAGGAAUUGUUUAAAUAGAUAUGGUCACAAAAUAAACUAUUUGUUUUACACAACUCA